CCCGCCCUCGCCCGCCCAAGGUGCCCGGAGAUGGUGUGGGACGAGCCGGAGCAGCGGCAGCUGCUGCUGGCCCUGCCGCCCGAGCGGUUGGCGGCGCUGCUGGUGGGGCGGCAGGAUCUGCAGGUGACAUCGGAGAAUGUUGUGUUGGCGCUGCUGGCAGCCUGGCUGUCACACAACAUGCCGGAGGAGGAGGAGGGGGAGCAGGGGGAGGGGGGAGAGGGGUGGGAGGCGGAGCAUGGCCAUGCCGAGCUCGAGACGCAGCAGGAGGGGCCCGGGCCACAGCCCGAGCAGCCAGCCAGUGCUGCUGCUGCUGCUUCUGAUAACAGCGCCCAGCCAUGCAUGUCAGCCACUGCCGACAGCAGCAGCAGCAACAGCACUAGCAGCAACAGCCACACAUGCUUCUCAAGCAGCAGCAGCAGCGGCAACCCAUGCUGCAGCGGUGGUGGUGGCGGCAACGAGGCUCCUGCCGGGACCGCGGCUGCUAGCCCUGGGGCGCUAGGCGCUGCUGACGCUGCCGGGUCGGGCCCACCCCUCCCUGUUACCGGAGGAGGAGGGGGUAAGGCAGCACCUCCUGCUGCUACUGCUGGGAUUGAUGAUGCGCCCCGUGGUGGCGGUGGCAGCAGCAGCAUGAGCGCCGGUAUGAAGGCCCGCCAGCCCACGUCCGCCGCCGCUGUCACCACAGCCCCCGUGGAGGUGGAGGAGCUGCUGCGGCAGGUGCGGUACGGCAGCCUGACAGCGCACUUCCGUACGGCGGUGGCGCCCGGGCUGCCGGUGCUGAGGAGGCUUAGGCUGCACCAGCAGCUUCUGGCGGAGGCGGAGGCUGCUGCUGCCGCCGCCGCUGCCGCCGCCGCUGUUGCCGCAGCUGAGAGCGACGUACCAGCGCUCCGUUCGCCCACUGCUGCUACCCCCACCGCGGAUCCGGUCCCUGGAGCCGCCCCCGCAACGCGUGUCGAGCCCUCCAACGCGUCUCAAGCAUCUCAACCUGGCGUCUACCCCGUGCUACCGUCACUCCCCACGCCAGCCGCGGCAAUAGCCGCUAUCGGGGCUGCGGAGCAGACCCCACCGCCAUCGCCGCCACAGCAGCAGCAGCAGCAUUCGCAUCUCACAGACGACGGCCUCGCAUGCCCUUUGAAUAUCGAGACGACGACGACCUCGACGGGUGGUGCCACUUCGAGCAGCUCCUCCACCAGUAGUAGCGGCGGCGGCGGCAUGAUGACCCGUGGGUCACCGCUCUGUUCGUCCCGUGGGUCACUGCCUUGCUCCCGGCCCAGCACCGCCAAUCCCACUCCGGCUGCCACGCCCAUGUCACUCAGCCGUGCCGGCAGUGCCUCAAGUACCGAGCUAAGCGCCCUAGCGGAUGCUGCUGCUGCUGCUGCUGCCGUGGCCACGUUGCCGGGCGCUCUGGACGAUACCUCGGGCUGCUGCGAUGACCCGCAGCAGCAGCAGCAACAGCGGCAAGCGCUGCGGUCUGGCCGCAGUAGUAGCAGCAGCGGAAGCGGAAGCAUGGGAACGGCGCUACAGUCGCCGCCCACAGUGGCCUCAGCUGCACAGUCGCAGCCGUCGGCCGUUGCCGUACUGCCGUUGUUGCCACCUCGUCAGCCGUACAACGUGCUCCGACGCAUCGAGUGGUGUCGGGACAUCCGAGACGUGCGGAUUCACCUCACGGGUGUGGGCGGCCCCACCCUCCGCGGCUCCACCACCUCCACCCCGCUGCUCAGCCCGCCGGUCUUCUUGGGCGGAUACAACUGGCACCUCGCAACCCGCUUCGCCCCUGCCUCCUCCUCCUCCGCCGCCUCUUCCUCCAUGUCAUCAUUUUCCACGGCGUCAAGGGCACCGCCAUCCGCCGCCUCCCACCUGCUGCAAGACCCCACCCGGAUGCAGCUUCAAGUAGGCCUUGUGUGCACCCCGCCCUCCGGCCCUGCGGAAGAAGACCAAAGCCUCAUGCUGUUUCAAGCCCCCUUCCCAUCCGCCGCCUCCACCUCCACCUCACCCCCCUCCCUCGCUUCCGCCCUGCACGCCUCCCUCACCAUCGGCAGCUGUACGCUGGGCCUGGUGGAUGCGGCAGGGAAGACUGCAUGGCAUGUCGUACAGUCGCCCUGCGUGCUGACCAGGACGCAUGAAACCGUGCG